GGAGUCGCUGAGGGCUGGUCCCGGCGUUUUCCUGGGCCAGGCCGGUCGGACCGGACUGUGCUGCGGCCAGGCCUGGGUCAUGGCCGGCGGGGCGGCUCAGCCCGGGGCCGAGCUGCUGACCUUCGAGAAGUUUCUGGACUCGAGCGCUCAGCGGCUUACCUAUGGCUACGGCCGGCGCAGCCUGAGCGAGCUGCGGGCGCGCGAGUUCGGCCGCCUGGCAGGAACUGUGUACCUUGACCAUGCCGGAGCUACCUUGUUCCCCCAAAGCCUGCUUGCCAGCUUCACUAACGAUCUCAUGGAAAAUGUUUAUGGUAAUCCUCACAGCCAGAACGUCAGCAGCAAGCUCACGCAUGACACAGUGGAGCAGGUUCGCUACAGGAUCCUGGAGCACUUCCACACCAGUCCAGAGGACUACACUGUGAUUUUCACGGCAGGGAGCACAGCUGCUCUGAAACUGGUGACAGAGGCGUUCCCAUGGGUGUCCCCGGGCACGGAGAGCAGCGGGAGCCAGUUCUGUUACCUGACUGACAGCCACACCUCCGUGGUGGGCAUGAGGGAGGUGCUGAAGGUCAGGGGCGUCACUUCCAUCCCAGUCAGCUUGGAGAACAUGUUGGCAGCUGGGAAACAGGGAGAGGACAUCAGUGACCCUGACUGCCCUGUGCCACAUCUCUUCUGUUACCCAGCACAGAGCAAUUUUUCUGGAACCAGGUACCCCUUGUCCUGGAUAAAGCAGGUCAAGUCAGGGAAGAUGUGCCCUGUGAGCACGCCUGGGAAGUGGUUUGUGCUGUUGGACGCCUCCUCCUUCGUGGGCACCUCGCCUUUGGACCUGUCAGUUCACCAGGCUGACUUUGUUCCCGUUUCCUUCUACAAGAUCUUUGGCUUCCCCACUGGGCUGGGUGCUCUGCUAGUGAAUAAUCAGCUGGCUGUUCUUCUGAAGAAAACCUACUUUGGAGGAGGCACGGCCGCCUCGUACCUUGCAGGAGAGGACUUUUAUGUUCCAAAGCCGUCGCUGACUGAAAGGUUUGAAGAUGGCACCAUCUCAUUCCUUGAUGUGAUAGCAUUAAAACAUGGAUUUGAUGCCCUUGAACGCCUUACUGGUGGCAUGGAGAACGUAAGGCAGCACACUUUUACCUUGGCUCGGUACACCUACGCUGCCCUGUUAGCCCUCCACUACCCCAACGGAGCCCCCGUGGUGCAGAUCUACAGCGACUCUGAGUUCAGCAACCCUGAGGUUCAGGGUCCAAUCAUCAAUUUCAACGUGCUUGAUGACCAUGGAAACAUUAUUGGCUACUCCCAGGUGGACAAAAUGGCCAGUCUCUACAACAUCCAAGUGCGAACUGGCUGCUUCUGUAACACUGGGGCCUGCCAGCGGCAUCUGGGGAUAAGCAACGAGAUGGUCAAGAAGCAUCAUCAGGCUGGUCACAUCUGUGGAGAUGACAUUGACCUCAUCGAUGGGCAGCCAACAGGAUCAGUGAGGAUUUCAUUUGGAUACAUGUCUACACUUGAGGACGCCCAGGCCUUCCUCAGGUUCAUCAUUGCAACCCGACUGCGCCCAUCUGAAGGCCAGCCUCUCUCUCAGGUUACCCCCAGGAAUGCCAGGGAGCCACAGUUGGAAGUCAGGGCUGGAAGCACACCCGCUGCCAUGGACAGACACAGCCUGUGGCCUCAGGAAGAUGCUUCCGCAGACUCUGGGGUUUGGAACCGCUUGUCCACUACUGUGGAUGCUGCAGGUUUGCACUCAUCUCUAUCUGAGGCCAUCGAAACCCAGCAUACCCAGUCUGAGAAGUCUUCAGGAGUCUUCAACUGGGGCCCAGGGACACACGUCAUCACCAACCUUUAUCUCUACCCCAUCAAGUCAUGUGCUGCAUUUGAGGUGACCAGUUGGCCACUAGGAAAUCAGGGGUUGCUGUAUGACCGGAACUGGAUGGUGGUAAAUCACAACGGCAUUUGCCUGAGUCAGAAGCAGGAGCCCCGGCUCUGCCUGAUCCAGCCCUUCAUUGACCUGACGCAAAGAAUCAUGGUCCUCAGAGCCCAAGGGAUGGAUCCCAUCGAGGUGCCUCUCGAGGAAAACAGUGAACAGGCUCAGAUUUGCCAAAGCAAGGUCUGUGCAGACAGAGUAAGUACUUAUGACUGUGGAGACAAAAUUUCAAACUGGCUGUCAAGGUUUUUUGGUCGCCCAUGUCACUUGAUCAAACAGAGUUCCAACUUUCAAAGAAAUGCGAAGAGGAAACAGAGCAAAGAUCAACCUUCUGGCGAAACAGCUGCCCUCUCUUUGGUGAAUGAGGCUCAGUAUCUGCUGAUAAACAGAUCCAGUGUCUUGGAACUUCAGCAGCAAUUAAAGGCCAGCAAUGAGAAUGGAGAGGAGGAGCUAUUGCCAAUAAAAGAUCUCAUCUCGCGUUUCCGUGCCAAUAUUAUUACCAGUGGAACAAGGGCUUUUGAAGAAGAGAAGUGGGAUGAAAUUUCAGUUGGUUCCUUGCAUUUCCAGGUGAGGGGAAAGCUUCACAAGUGUCACCUGGUGUGUCCCCCUCAGCAGACAGGCAGUAAAAAGCAGGAUCAGAGACAGAGACUGGGAAACAGGAGACAAGCCAGGGUGAACUUUGGUGUGUACCUGAUGCACUCUUUUGUGGAUUUAUCUUCUCCACGUUUCCUGUCUGUAGGAUCUCACGUGCUCCCACUGUUGAAAGACAAUGGGGGAUGCCACAAUUUAUCUGCUUCUGCGAAAUGUCGGGAUGUUACCGCCUAAAACUUGUUCUUUAGCAUAAAUUAAAAUUUCUCCCUCACUGCCAUCUUCACUCUAAGUAAGAA